AUGUACUUCAUCUUCCUGCUCGCUCUCGUCCUGCCUCUCGUCCAGGGUGCCGCCCUCGCUCUCCGUGAGCCUGGCGAGCUCGCCCGCAGGCAGUCGUACAGCGAUGCACGCUUCACCUGGUACGACACUGGACUGGGCGCUUGUGGCCAGACCAACCAGGCUAGUGACUACAUUGUCGCUCUAGAUUCUGCUUUGUUCGGCAGCGGUUACCCUGGUCCUGAGUGCUUCAAGAGCAUCACGGUCAGCGCCAACGGCAAGCAAACCACCGCCACCAUUAUGGACGAGUGCCCCGGCUGCCCCGAGGGCGGCCUCGACAUGUCCGAGGGCCUCUUCUCGUUCUUCGCCGACCCCGGCGUCGGCGUCCUCACCGGCGAGUGGUGGUACAACUAG